CCCAAGGCCGCCGUUCAUUCCACACUCCGCGCCAUCAAACCCCCCGGCCGCCCUCUAUCCCUCACGCCUCGAACCCGCUCUGCGCAAGUCUCUCUCUCCCUCUGCAAAAAAAAAGCCUUCCCGCCUCGAGGCAGUCCGCCGUCAUUAUUAUCGCCGCUCGCUCCUUUUCGCGCUUCGCAGCCCGGCCCGCGCAAACGCCCAGCCGGUCCCCAUCAAUUCGCCGGCACCCGGCAAGCCCUUGAGCAUCUCAGCGGCGCAGAUACUUCCAGGCGUUAGGCGCGCAAGGGCGUACGUGUGGCGGAUGGUCAUGCUGCUGCAAGCCAACGUCUGUAUAGGUACGGAAUCGCUUAGUGCUUGAAGGUCUUGGGGCGUGUCUCGUCCACCUUCACAAUCUCUCCCGCGCCGUCGACCCGCCUCUUCCACGACCACACACGCACGCCAUGUCGGACGCCGGAACCGAGAGCAAGUCGGCUCAGCUGGAGUCCGAGGUGCGCGACAUGAAGCUCGAGGCCGAAAGCCCCGUCGGCCCUGGUGGCGCGGACCCGGAGACGGAGUCGCAGGAUUUGGGGAAGCAGCAGCCAGCCUCGACUGGCUCACCCACGCCACUCCAACCACCAGCCGCUUCAAGGACACAGUCACCGGCCAUGAUGGAAAAGCAAAGCAGGUCAUCCUCGGAAGAUGCUGAGCGCGAGGAGAUGGUCGGUGGCGACAUCACCGUCAAGUUAGAACCCGGCAAGGCUCCGAAGCUCUCGCGCAGCAUCUCGCAGAAGAUUGUGUCGCGGCCACCACCACUAUUCUCGCACUAUGAGGACAAGACGCAAGAAGCCAUAGGCAGUUUCGAGGUGAUUGCGGCCUGCACCUAUGGCAACAAGUACAUGGGUUCGACCGAGCACGCGUUGGAGUGCGACUGCGUCGAGGAGUGGGACCCCGAGACCAAAAACAACACGGCCUGUGGCGAAGAUUCCGACUGCAUCAACCGUGCGACGAAGAUGGAGUGCGCCGGGGAUUGCGGGUGCGGCCCGAAAUGCCAAAACCAACGAUUCCUCAGGAAACAGUAUGCCAACGUUACCGUCAUCAAAACAGAACAAAAAGGCUACGGCCUUCGCGCGAAUACCGACCUGUACCCAAACGACUUCAUCUUUGAAUAUAUCGGAGAAGUCAUUAAUGAGGGUGCCUUCCGUCGGCGCAUGAUUCAGUACGAUGAGGAAGGCAUUAAGCAUUUCUACUUCAUGUCACUCAGCAAAGGCGAAUUCGUUGAUGCGACGAAAAAAGGCAAUCUCGGACGCUUUUGCAACCAUUCUUGCAAUCCCAAUUGUUAUGUUGACAAAUGGGUGGUUGGUGAGAAGCUCCGCAUGGGAAUAUUUGCCGAGCGCAACAUAAAAGCCGGCGAGGAGCUUGUCUUCAACUACAACGUUGAUCGCUAUGGUGCCGACCCCCAGCCAUGCUACUGCGGCGAGCCUAACUGCACAGGCUACAUUGGUGGAAAGACUCAGACCGAGCGUGCAACCAAACUGUCCCUUACGACGAUUGAAGCCCUGGGCAUCGACGACUCCGACGGCUGGGACACUGCUGUCGCGAAGAAGCCCCGGAAGAAGAAGGUCUCAGAGGAUGAUGAGGAAUACGUCAACAACGUCGAGCCCAAGUCUCUCGACGAGGGCGGCGUCACCAAGGUCAUGGCUACGCUAAUGCAAUGCAAGGAGAAAUGGAUUGCCGUCAAGCUGCUGAGCCGCAUCCAACGUUGCGAUGACGAGAGAGCACGGAACCGCGUCAUCAAGAUGCACGGCUAUCAAAUUUUGAAAACCACGCUGACGACUUUCAUGGACGACCACAAUGUUGCUCUGCAAAUCCUCGAUGUCUUGGACAGGAUGCCGCGUUUGUCCCGCAAUAAGAUUCAAAACUCCAACAUCGAGGAAACCGUCGAGACGCUAAAACAUUGCGGUGACGAAAGGGUCGAAGGCAAGGCUUCUAGACUUCUCUAUGAGUGGAGCCAGCUCAAGAUGGAGUACCGCAUUCCCCGCGUCAAGCGCGAUCCCAACGCCGUAGUUGAGACCAACAGACGUAUUGAACGCGACGACCGCCCUCAAAGAGAUCGCUCGAAGUCACGAUCACGGUCAAAGUCUGUUGAAGCCCCUCGUGGACCCUCUGGGCGCCCAGGGAAUCUCCCCGCACGACCGUUCCCACCGCCCAGGCCCUUCCGUCGUGCUCCGCAGUUCAAUCCUCUACCACCCGGAUGGUUCAUGGCCCAGGAUCAGACUAAUGGUCGAGCAUAUUAUUACAGCGCUAGCGGUGAAACGACUUGGCAGCGUCCGACGGUGCCUGCAGCGCAACCCCCUCCGCCGCCGAAAGAGAAGACGAACGAGCAAAAGUUGCAGGAUAUCAUUCGCAGCAUCACGGAGAAUACAACUCCCAAGACGCAGACUCCUACAUCGACCACUCCGCAACCCACCUUCGAUUCAACGCAGAGAGAGAAGAAGUCUGGUACCGAAAAGUGGAGAUCCUACCCCGAAGAAAAACAGAAGAAGCUAUACGAGAACACUGUGAGUCGUCUUCCGUCUAUUCCUCAGCAUGGUAUUAAUGCGAUGUAGAUAUUCCCACACAUCAGAUAUGUCCUCGACAAGUUUAAACACAAGCUGCCAAAGGACGAUCUCAAGCGCUUCGCAAAAGAGGUACGUAUACUCGUAUGAGUAAUUGAUAGCCUAACAACUGACGCAAGCCAGAUCUCCAAAAAGCUUGUGAAUUCCGAUUUUAAAAAUGGUCGC